CACAGAUAUAGGAAUCCUUGCAAGGCCGGUUCCGCAUUAAUUUAGGCAUACCUGAACAGACGGCGGACUCUGUCGCAUUCUCAUUCGCAACUCGUUAAGAAGCGAGGGCACAUCUUUUGCAGCGAAGCUAGUAUAGUUCUUCCUAAACUUUACGAACUUCUCUCUGCGCCGAACAACGGACGACAAAAGGGGGGCUCGCCCCUUAGUCUUGGUGCAGCCUCCCAGCCCAUCGCGGAACUAGUACUCAAUUAUGGGAGAUGUUGAUGACUAUCCGGAGGAACAUGAUAGGAUUUACCAGGAAGAGCGUGGCUAUGAGGGCACCCGCGCCAAAUCGAGGGAUGAUGGCGUAGGCCGCGACUCCCGCUAUGAGCGGGACCGCUACGAUCGGGAACCUCCCCGUGACUUCGAUAGACGCCGCGAUGAGCGGGAUCGCGGUGAUCGUGGUGACUGGGGUAGCGAUCGUGGUGACCGGCGGAGAGAUGACCGCUACGACCAUCGCGGCCCUCCUCCGGGGGGUCGGGAUUACCGGGACUCGCGGUCCGACCCACGAGACUAUGGGCGUGAGCGUCGCCGGUCCAGGUCUCGGGACCGGCGGCGCUCUCGAUCCAGGGAUCGCUAUGAUGGCAGACGUGACGACCGGGACCGCGAGCGCGACGAGGGGCGGCGGGGUCGCGGCGGCCGGGGGCGGCGGGGGGAGCGGGAGCACAGCGAUGAGGAGGGCUACGGGGGCUACCGGCCGCGGAGACGUCAGGUGCCGCCGGACCCCGCCAAGUUCGACAAGCCGCUUCCCCCGGGUGCUGGCCCCGCCUACAUCCAGGACCCCUUCUACUACCUGCGGCAAAACGUGCCUACAGACCCGGCUGAAGCCCAGCGCCUGUGGCUGGAGCAGCAGCUGCGGAGUCGGCAGAUGGUGCUGCAGCAGCAGGCGGCCUCGGCGGCGGCAGCGUCCGCCAAGACACAGCGGGAGCUCUACAUCGGCAACCUAGUCCCGGGCGCCGUCACGGAUGUGGCCCUCCGCCAGCUCUUCAACACCACCCUCGCCGCCGCCUUCCCGGUCAGUCCCGGCGUGGAGCCGGUGGUGAACGUCAACCUGCACAGCGACGGACGCUACGCGUUUGUGGAGUUCCGGAGCCCCGAAAUGGCGACUGCGGCGCUGGCGCUGAACGCUCAGGUUCAGCUGCUGGGUCAGACCAUCUCCGUGGGUCGCCCCAGCGGCUAUGUGGAUCCGCACAAGGCGGCGGCGGCAGCGCAGGCGGCGGCACAGGCGCUAGCAGCCUUCCAGGCGGGCGACAUGGACGCCCUGGCCGCCAACGCCACCGCUGCGGGCAUGAACCUGGCGCAGCUGGGGCUAGCCAACCUGAUGCUGCCCAAGACAGCAGCUGCGGGUGCGGAUGCGGCGGGAGCAGGUGUGGAGGGGGCUGCUGCAGGAGCUUCCGGGGCUGCUGACACCGCUGCGGCCACUGGAGAUGGUGCAGACGCGGGUGCUGCUGCUGCUGUUGUCGGAGGCCAGGAGCUCACACCUCCGCCAGCCCAGCAGCCGGUGCAUACGGGAGUGGAUGAUGGGCAGCAAAGGACGCAGCAGCAGGAGGGGGUGCCGCAGGGGCAGCAGGGGGAUGGAGCAGCCACAGCAGCAGGCUAUGAGAACGGCGGCAGCGGCGGCGAGGUGGAUGGGGGGGCACCGACGCCGUUCUUCUGCGUGCAUGGCAUGCUGACGGCCGACAUGCUGCAAGACGACGAGGAGUAUGAAGCCGUACUGUGCCCGGGCGGUAGAGCCCCGCAUGCGCAUGCAUGCAGUCGCAACCCCUGUGGCCCAGACUUAGCCCCAGAGGCCCCGGCCCAGACAAAACGCCCGGCUGUCACUGCUACGGCAUCGCGACUGCUGCUGCUACUGCUGCUGCGAAAGCGCGACGCCAGAGCUGCUGCCGGCGGUGGUUGCGGUUGGUUGGAACCGGCAGGCUUCAAGGACUGCGCGAGACAUUGCAAAAGGCCGCAAUUUCUUCGUUGCAGUUGCUGGGUGUUACUGGGGCGGUGGUGGGGAACGUUGUUUUGUGGGUGCCGUUGAAUUGUGUCGACCAUAGGACUAAUUUACCAUGGUGCAGUUCGCGACGGUCUCCCAUGUGCGUGAGCGGCUCUUUCCACAAACGCGUCAUGUGCCGGGUUCGCUCUCUGCAAUAUCGCGACCCAACGGACAAUCUGCUCACCCCGCUUCCGCCCUUCCCCCCGCCGCAAUGCUCCGCCCUCCGGCCCCGCCCCGAUACCACCCCGCCAGGUGAUUGAGGAUCUGACGGAGGAGUGCGACAGGCAUGCGCCCGGAGGCGUGGUCGCGGUGAAGGUUCCCAGGCCACCGGUGGACAUGCGGGCUGACCCCUCGACUGGCUUCAUGGGGGUCAACCAUUAUGGGGAGGCGUUCGUGUCCUUCCGGGACUCCAUGGCAGCUCAGCGGGCGCAUGCGGCCAUCCACGGGCGCCUCUUCGCGGGCAGCACCGUGCGGGUGCAGUACAUCAGCCAGCACGAGUUUGACGCCAUCUGAGGAGGCUUAAUUUGUGUAGCGUGUCUCUACAAAAUUGUGCGCUGCUAGUCGGAACGUACUGUGUUGAGGAAACUGGCCGCGAGUAGGAACGUACUUGAUCGGCCCCACCAAAACACCACGGGAGACGAGGACCAGGAACGUACUGUGUGUGAUUGCCGGAAGUCCAUGUCGGCUGUGGUUUUACUUUGUUCUGUUACCGUGGAGUCUAUGCAGAAGGCGCUGGCUGUACACCAGCCAGCGGUUUUACGUCUCGUGCGACCGGAUACCGGAUCUUACAACAAACUGUCUGUUGCAACGUAUGGCGGGUGCGUACGUGUGCAUAACAUCAGCUGGUCUCAGUGCCAGCCAGUCGCUAAAACGAGCCGGUUGGAGGUGGACGCUGUUUUGGAGUGGAGGCAUCGCAGCAUUGUUGUGGUGGGCUGUUUGACGGUACAGCUUACGGCUUCUUUACUGUGCAAAGGUGAGAAUGAGGGAAAGGGUGAAAUACUCAAGCCGAAAGACACAGAAGAAGGCGUGAGAAAAGGAGAGGGAAAGUAGGCGCCCCACUAGUGUCCCACCUUGAUAUGCGGGUGUGUCCCGGUUGUCUCGUUGGAAGUGAGGAUAUACUCCAUCUGACUCUCUUUUUCGGCUCUUGUCUUGUCUGUGUCUGUGUGCUGAAAGGCGCUCCAUCGUAUGUGGCCGCGUAUUAAUACUGACCAUAACGUGUGGUUUGUUGAGCUACUAGCAAAUAGUUUUUCCAUCAUCGACAAAGCAGUCCUUCAUAGGCCUCUCGGCUUUGUGUAUCCUACGCGGAGGGCAUAAUUAAAGCUGGGCGGCGCUGGAAAGUUUCGUGUCGUGUUUUGGCGGGCGGUUGCGUGCGACCUUUGGCUCCUACAUGGGGUUAUAGAAUAGGUGCAUCACAGUAGGAUGUUGGUCAACUCCUUAGGUCGUUGUCGCUCGGAGAGGUUGGCAACCGACUGUGGAUCCAAACCUCCUUCACGAACAAAGACCUGUCCGGUUGCUGUUGUAACCAGUCUGCAAUCCA